AUGGCGACUACUGCGAAGUCCUCCAACUCUCCUUCUUCACCUAAUUCUCGAGUGAAUCUCCCUUCUAGCGAGAUCUAUAAUCUUUCGAUCAUGUCGAUUGGAUCGAUUUCCAUUGAAAAUGUUGCUGGAAUGAUUCCGACGAAGCUCAAUCGUCAGAACUACAUCACUUGGCGUAAUCUCUUCAUUCCUGUACUGAAGUGUUUCAAGCUUCUUGGCCUCGUCAAUGGUGAUGAUCUCUGCCCUUCUGAAUUUGUUCUCAAUUCCUCUGGAUCUCGUGUUUUCAAUCCUCUCUAUGAGACCUGGUAUCCAAACGAUUCAGAAGGUGACUCUUCCAUGAUUGAUUAUCUUAAUUCGAUCAAAGAUAUCUCUGAUAAACUUACUGCUGGUGGUGAACCAAUUUCUGAAUAUGAUCUCGUUGCAUAUAUUUUAUCUGGUCUUCCUGAUGACUAUGAGUCAUUUGUUAACUCUAUUGAGACUCGCAAUGAGUCUGUGACGGCUGAUGAACUUCAUGGCCUUCUACUGACCAAAGAGAUCUCACUCCAAAAACGCAAAACCAGAGCUUCCUUCUCCUCCACUGCACCAUUUCAUGCUUAUGCGGCACAGUCUAACACCUCUGGUGCUUAG